GUGCUGGGCAAUGGCAGCCCGCCGGCAGCCCGGCUCUAAGUUUGAUGCCCAUAGUCUCCGCAGCGCGGACGGAGGGCAGCGGCUGCAGCCGAGGGCGCUCUACAAGUGAACAUUCCCAGGGUCUCCCCUCUUGAUGACUUCGAGAAGCAUUUCAGCACCCGGAGCCUGAGACAUUCUGAGCCAAGCUUCAGCGACUGUGCAGGAGCGGGUCUGGAUAACCCGGGCUAAAGGGCCUUGCUGCUGUGACAUGCUCUAAGAUGAAGGUAUGGAAGGUAGUGGUGGUCGCCUCAAUGCUCUUCAGUACCAUAUUUUCAGCCCUUAUUUACAGAAACGUGUCCAUUAGAGGGAGAGCAAUGACUCCAUCCUCAUCAGAAGAGCUUCAGCCCCAGGACCCAAGACUGCCACCCAGCCCUCAGACUUACAAAGUGAAAUAUAAAAACAUGUUUAAAACCCACACAGAUGAAGAGGCCAGAGAGCUGGUUAGAGCCUUGAUUCAAAGGUACAGAAGGUCACCUGACUGGAGACGUAAAACUCGGACUCAUUCGCGACCAGCUAUAAGAAGUAAACGAGCAAAGUCAAGAGCAACCAAAGGGUGUACACUGAAAGAAAUCAAUGUGACUAUCAGUGACUUGGGAAUCUCCCAGAUCUCAGAGGAAGUAGUGCGUUUCAGAUACUGCACUGGGUCCUGUGAUGCUGAAAAGAAAUUCUAUGACUUGACUCUGAAAAACUUAAGAAAUUCUAAGCUUAUUAAAAAAGAGGUCAGAGCCCGGCCAUGCUGUCGGCCGACCCUGUAUGAUGAUGAUGUUUCGUUCCUGGAUGUUAACUUUCGAUAUCAUACACUUCGACAGCUCUCAGCAAAGGAAUGUGGCUGUGUCUGAAGGAUUGUCUAUGCAUUGAGAAUGUUUAAAUCCCUUCUUUGAAAGAGCAGGAAACUUCAGACCUUGUUAGGCUCCGGGUCCUGAUUAGAAUAUGGUUUCUUGGCAAGAUUUCAACGGAAGGAGACAAGUAUCUUGAAGACAGGGGGAUGUUAUCAAUUGCUAUUCCCUUUAAGGUUAAGAUUUACAGUGCAUAAAGAAGUCUCAAAGACAUUUUCAGCAAAUUUAUGUUUGCCAUAUCAUGUGGCAUUUGUACAUCCAACUGCACGGUGAAGUACACUUCUACGGCCAGACAUCGUGAGGGAAUGUAGGUUUCUGUUCUGCAAAUGACUCUCUAGAACUUUUCACUAGUCUCAUUGGAUUCUAUAUUGCAGGAUGUAAUCCAAGGGUCUCAUUCAGUGCAUAUGGAAUGCAUUUUGAAUAAAUUCACCACUAACUUCAUUCCUCCCUCAAUCUUAUUUUUCCUCUCUGGCUCUCUGGGCUCUCUCCCUCUCUCUCUCUCUCUCUCUCUCUCUCUCUCUCUCUCU